AUGUUGAAGCGUCCUCGCGGGGGGUUCCACGGGCACGAAACUCCGGAUCGUGACCCAUCGGGUGAGACGUCGUGUCCCGACUCUGAUGAAAGCUCCAGCACUGAGCACUGUCCCGGGAGUCCCCCUUCGAGGGGUCCCCAUCCACCUCCAAGCCCCAAGGGCAGAAGUAGGCGGAUCCGCACCGCGUUCACCAUGGACCAACUCCGAAUACUGGAGUACAGUUUCCAAAGCUCCCACUACCUGUCCGUGCUCGACCGUCACGCCAUCGCCUCGGCCCUGCACCUCUCCGAGACCCAGGUGAAGAUCUGGUUCCAGAACCGACGCACCAAGUGGAAGAAGGAGCGCGAGGGGAAACCACCUUCGGAGGAGGAGCACCUCCGUCUCGCGGUGGAGGAGCACCUGCUUCAGCAGCAUUACGGGACCCCCUCCCCGUUCGGCCCCACGGUGUACGCACCCUGCAGGCCCACACAGUUGCAAUGCCAACCGGGUUCGCAAAACCCCUUCUUUCCCCCCGUGUAUUGGACGUCAUAUCACACUUACGCUUGACUGAAAUUACCUUCUUUCUGUAUUUUUAAUGUAUAAGGCGAUUCUGAUUGACUUAUAUACUAUUUAAUAAUAUGCCAUUGCUGCGGGUUGCAACUGUAUACUUAAGUCGUUUAAAUGUUUUAAAGAAAUGUUUAAUAUUCUUGAUGUUAAACCCGUACAUAAAUUAUUUUUAUAUAAAUAUUUUCUCUGUCAAGA